CUGUAGCGCGCUUGCGUUCGGCCAUAGAGUUGUUCAUUGUCCUGAGCCUCAACCGCAAGAGAGUUUACAGUAGAGCCGCACACCGUCUACUUCUAAUCUAUUAUCCGUUGAAUACUACCGUUUUUAAACCCUGGCUCGGUUUCGAAGAGUGGGAACAAAAAGGACACGUUCAACAGGUUGAUUUGCGUCCUUCAAUGCUUUAGCUGUCCGGUUCCCGUGUUCUUCAUUCCCCCCACGGAUUUACAGGAGGAGCGAACAUGCCUUUGGGACUCAGGAAAAAGAAAAACAAGUCGAAGGAAAGCUCGAACUUAGUGGAAAACGAGGAGGUCAGCGGACACGCAGGUGUUGGGAAGUCCGCGGUGAACGGUGGCGGUCUGCCUGCUCCACCUGCCAACAUGCGACCGAAACUGGUGUUUCACACGCAGCUCGCGCACGGGAGUCCCACGGGCCGGAUCGAGGGCUUCACGAACGUCAAAGAGCUGUACGGCAAAAUAGCAGAAGCGUUUAAUUUACACCCGGAUGAGAUCCUAUUUUGCACACUCAACACCCACAAAAUUGAUAUGGAAAAGCUGCUGGGAGGGCAGAUAGGACUGGAGGACUUCAUCUUCGCUCACAUAAAAGGCCUCAAAAAGGAGGUGGAGGUGUACAAAGCUGAGGAGGCACUUGGGCUCACCAUCACAGACAAUGGAGCUGGAUACGCCUUCAUAAAGCGUAUCAAAGAGGGCAGUGUGGUGGAUGGGGUAAAGGUGAUCUGUGUGGGAGAUCAUGUCGAAUGCAUUAAUGGAAAGAACAUCGUUGGAAUGCGGCAUUUUGAAGUGGCGCGAAUGCUGAAGGAGCUGCCCAAGGAUCAGUCUUUCACCAUCAAACUCGUGGAGUCCAUGAAAGCCUUCGGUUUGUCAUUCAUUCUUGUUGAAGUACUAAUUUUGUCUGGAUUUUUUGGUUUUGAACAUUGUAUGUGACUGGUGUAUGCAAAAAAAAAAAAAAAAUCUAGAC